ACCAGACAUUGUUCCUGCACAGCAAGGACCCGGCAUUCUCCCUCAAGGUUCAGUCAAUGAGCUGCUAAUACUUCAAGAGUUUAGAUUGCACUCCUUAUAAUCCAAAGUUUGGAAAAGCUGUUGGAAUUUCAGAGCCGAUUACUUACUUUAACACACUGCAGCAACAAGACCACUUUUACAUCUUUUUGAUAUUUUGGGGCUUUUUUUAAGGACCCCUUUCUGGAAAACUUUUAUUGGAAUCGUGUGUUGUUUUAAUGAAGGUCUACACUUUUUGAACCAGCAUUUUUAUUGGAUUUUGUAGAUAUUUUAUUUAACAAGAGAAAAUUAACUCAGCAGGUGCUAGAACUACUUACUCUUCUUUUUUUUUUGCACAUCCAAUUCUUAAUUAAACUACCAACAAAAGGAUCUAGUACCAUUAACACCAAGUCACCUUGUGGAGUUCUGGUGGCACAAAACUAUGCCGUUUGGUGACCUCCUAGAGCAGGCGGGGGGCACGGGACGGUUCCAGAUCGUGCAUGUGACCCUUCUCUGCAUACCUGUGCUGAUGAUGGCCAGCCACAACCUGCUGCAGAACUUUGUGGCCGCCGUGCCUCCUCACUUCUGCAGCGCACACACAAACCUCUCUCAGACCCAGCUGAGCCCAGAGGAAACACUGCUGGUUACAGUGCCGCUGGACCAGAAAGGCAAGCCCGAGAGGUGCCAGCGUUACGUAGCUCCACAGUGGAACCUCCUGACUAAGAAUGGGACUUCCAGCUCAGGUGAGGCGGGCGACACUAAGGAUGGUUUGGAUGUUGACCUGCAGGGAUGCACAGAUGGAUGGUCCUACAACAAGGCUGAGAUGAGCUCCACGAUCAUAUCUGAAUGGCAUUUGGUGUGUGAUCAGCGCUCUUUGAAGCAAAUGGGACAAACGAUCUACAUGGGAGGUGUGCUUGUGGGAGCUCUUGUCUUUGGAAGUCUGUCAGACAGAUAUGGUCGACGCAUCCUCCUGCUCAUAUGCAACCUGAUGAUGGCAGUGUCGGGAACAUGUGUUGCUUUCUCUAACUCCUUCUCCCUCUUCUGCCUGUUCCGCUUUGGCUGUGGCAUGGCUCUGUCUGGGUUGGGGCUCAACACCUUCUCGCUCAUUGUGGAGUGGAUCCCCACUCGUGUGCGAACUGUGAUGGGGACAAUAACAGGUUACAGUUACACAGUGGGGCAGUUGCUCCUGGCCCUCAUAGCCUACUUCAUCCGGGACUGGAGGUGGUUAACCCUGGCUGUGUCUUUGCCCUACUAUGUCUUCUUCCUCAUCGCAUGGUGGUUUCUUGAAUCUUCAAGAUGGUUAGCUCUGAGCAAUAAGCCCGAACAAGCCAUCAAGAACCUUAAAAGUGUGGCCAAAUUUAAUGGAUGGCAUGAAGAGGGAGACAAAAUCAACAUUAAUCUGCUGCAGGAGGCCAUGAAGAAAGAGUUGUCCAGUGUGAAGGGCUCCUACUCUCUUCUGGAUCUGUUCCGCACCCCCACAAUGAGGAACAUGACAGUCUGCCUCAGUGCUGUCUGGUUAUCAACCAGCUUUGCAUACUAUGGUCUUGCUAUGGAUCUGCAAAAGUUUGGGGUGGACUUCUACUUAAUCCAAGUAAUCUUUGGAGCUGUUGACAUCCCUGCUAAAGUCAUCAUAACUGUGACUAUGUGUAUUAUUGGACGGCGACCAUCACAAUGUGGUGCUCUCAUCAUUGCUGGAAUCACUAUUUUGAUCAACCUGCUGGUACCUUAUGAUAAACAGAUGACACGCACGUGUCUGGCUGUAAUGGGUAAAGGUUGCCUUGCUGCCUCCUUCAACUGCUGCUACCUUUACUCUGGAGAACUGUACCCAACCAUCAUUCGUCAGAACGGCAUGGGCUGGGUAUCCAUGAUGGCUCGUGUAGGAGCCAUGGUGGCCCCUAUGGUGCUUCUCACGGCCGACCACAUACCUUGGCUUCCAGGUUUAAUCUACGGAGGAGCUCCGAUUCUCAGUGGAGUGGCUGCAAUAUUUCUUCCGGAAACACUUGGCUCACCCCUUCCUGACACAAUACAAGACGUGGAGGACAGGGGAUCUGGGAGAAGCUCCAAAAUGCCACCGAAGGAAACAAUAAUCCUGCAAAACACCGAGGCCAAUCUCCUAAAGCAGGCUGCCUGAGGGCAUCUGUAUUGUACUGCUGAUGUUUUUGCUGACACGUUAAGAAUCUGUUUGAUAAGCAUAAUACGUUUAUUGUGUGGUAUGACUGCUGGACAAUUGGAGUUGCAAUGUUAUUUUUUGACAGGUCAAUACAGUGAAACAAACAUACCUACGUUUGUAUUUCUUUUACAGUAGCUUUGACUCUGGAUUUGGACCAACUCUUUAGUGUCAGUGUUUAUAUAUAUAAUAUAUAUAUAUAUAUAUAUUAGUGCUCAGCAACGAUUACAAUCUUUUGAUUAAUCGCAUGAUUUUUUUUGUAAUUUAUCGCGAUUAAUCGCAUUGUAAUGCGCAAAAUUCACUAAUGAAUUCA